UUAUAUGGUGCUAGAAGCUCAAUUAUUAAUAAAGAAUAGAUCAUCAAAUAUUGUAAUUCCUCCACCAAAUAUCAAAAGUAUUAGAAUGUAUCUAUAUUUAGAAUAUGCUGAUAAGACUGCAGAGUACGUGGCUAAAAAUGGUGCAACAUUUGAAGAUCUUGUAAUGCAAAAGGAAUUAAGCAAUCCAAAUUUUUGUUUUUUAAGAAGGGAUGAUCCUUAUAGACCAUAUUAUGAAAAUAAAAUUACUGAAUUUGCUAGAGGAUUAGUGGGUAUGAAAUUAAUUUUUAUGAUAUUAUAGCACCAAUAUAAGAAGAGGAAGAUUAAAAAACAAAGCCAGUACCUAAAAAUGAAUAACCAAAGAAGGUAGUUAAAGCUCCUCCAAGUGAUUAAUUUACAGUAGAAUAACCAAGAAAUUUAUCUGCUUUAGAUUUAGAUAUAAUAAAACAUACAGCAAUUUUUAUAGCAAAAAAUGGUAAGAAAUUUUUGGUUGCUUUAACAGAGAGAGAAAAAAUGAAUCCAUAAUAUGAUUUUUUAAAGCCCACUCAUGAUUUAUUUCAAUUCUUUUCAAAUUUGGUAGAUGCAUAUACAAAAUGUUUGCAACCAAAAAAGGAAGAAAUUGAUAGAUUAUUAACAUAUGUUUAAGAUAGAUAAGUAAUAUAUUAAAGAUGUUAAGAAAAAUAUGAUUAUGAGAUUUAUUUGAAAGAAGAGAAAGAUAGAAAGUAAUAAUAGGAUGAAGAUGAGAAAUGUAAAUUAUAUAUAUAUAUAAUAAAUAUUAUAGAAUAAAUGGCUAUGAUAGAUUGGAAUGAUUUUACUAUUUGUGAGGCAAUAGAUUUUGCAGAAGAUGAGAGAAUUGAUAAAGUUUUUGAAAAAGGAAUCUAAAGAUUUGAUAAAAUGGAUUUUAAAGGAACUGAUUAAACAUAAUUUUGUAAUAUUAAUAUUUAUUUUUAGAGUAAUAAUAAAAUUUAGUUUAAACAGGGCAAGUAGUAUAAAGAAUAAUAAAUAAUCCAUAAUAACCCAAAGAAAAAUAAAUAAUAACUUUAAAUUCAACAUUAUAAAAAGCAGGGUAAUAAGGAGAUAAUAGUGCUCCUAUAAUAUCAAAUUAUUAAAGACCUUCAACAUAAAAUGAAUAAGUAUUUAUAAAAUGUGAGAUUUGUGGAAAGAAUUUUCCUAAAAAUUAGAUAAAUGAACAUAUUUAAUUAGAAUUAUAAGAUCCUCGCUAUAGUGAAAUAAAGAAAGAAAUAAAUGAGAGAAGUAAAACGACAACAUUAUAACCUGGAAAUAUGAUUGCAGAACAUUUAUCUUAAUUAAAGAAAAAAAGACCAGAUAUAUUUGAGGAAGAUCAUAGAAAACCACCUCCACCUCCACCACCUUAAUAAAGACCUUAACCUCCAAGACCAGCACCACCUCCACCACCUCCUCCUCCAAAAUGA